AUGAAUUAUUCUCUACACUCUCACUCAAUCAUCCAUACUCCUCUCAAUCAUAACCGAUUACGAUUCCUCCUUCCAUCUCCCUUCUCUUCCUCCAUCCAUCGUUCUCGCUAUCGCUCUCGCAUUCCUCCCCGCACUCUUCCGCUGCUCGUAUAUGCUGUCUCCUCCCCCCAAAAACAAUCUAGCAAAGGUGGAAAAAACAAAGAUAAUGUUCAUCUGCAUCUCCGAUUAGAUCAUCAAGUUCAGUUUGGUGACCAUGUUGCCAUUCUAGGAUCAGCCAAACAGUUUGGUUCCUGGAAGACUAAUGUUCCACUCAAUUGGACACCAAAUGGAUGGGUAUGCGACUUCCAUUUCAACGGAGGGGAUCACAUUGAAUUCAAAUUCAUCAUUGUCAACCAACACGGCACUCUACUUUGGGAAUCUGGAGACAACAGAGUCCUGACCUUGCCCCAAGCUGGCUAUUUUCACACGGUUGCCAAAUGGAACACCACACACCAGACUAUGGACCUACUGCCUUUGGAUGACCAUCAUAGCAAGAAUGUAGGAGAUACUAUUCAGUCAAAUGAUGACAAGGAAGCUGCCACCGCUUCUUCUUCUUCUUUCGAAGCAGGGUCAAGUCCUUUUGUAGGAGAGUGGCAAGGCAAAUCUAUUUCUUUCAUGCAAUCCAACCAGCAUAACACCAAUGAAGCCCAAAGGACUUGGGACACCUCAGGUCUUCAACCCUUGCCUCUCAAGUUUGUUCAAGGGGAUCAAUCCGCAAGGAAUUGGUGGAGAAAGCUUGAGAUUGUACGUGAUAUAGUUGAAAGUGUUCAUGGGGAAGAUCGAUUGGAGGCUCUCAUAUACACUUCUAUCUAUCUGAAGUGGAUAAACACAGGGCAAAUACCAUGUUUUGAAGAUGGAGGUCACCACCGUCCCAAUAGGCACGCCGAGAUUUCAAGGCUUAUAUUUCGUGAGUUAGAGCGACAUACAAGUCAAAAGGAUGUAUCUCCACAGGAAGUACUGGUUAUUCGAAAGAUUCAUCCAUGUUUGCCAUCUUUCAAGGCAGAAUUCACCGCAUCUGUUCCUCUGACUCGAAUUAGAGAUAUUGCUCAUCGAAAUGACAUUCCACAUGACCUCAAGACACAAAUAAAACACACAAUACAAAACAAGCUUCACCGUAAUGCUGGUCCUGAAGACUUGAUUGCUACAGAAGCUAUGCUUGCUAAAAUCACAAAGAACCCUGGAGAAUAUAGUCAAGCAUUUGUAGAGCAGUUCCAGAUAUUUCAUCGGGAACUCAAAGACUUCUUUAAUGCUGGCAGUCUUGCUGAACAGCUAGAAUCAAUUUAUGAAUCUCUGGAUGAAUAUGGCAUGUCAGCGCUUAAUUCAUUUUUCGAGUGCAAAAAGAAUAUGGAUGCUGCAGCAGAAUCAACAACUUCAAAAGAACAAGGAAUUAAACUUUUAUUUAAAACCAUGGAGUCUUUGAAUGCUUUGAGAGAUAUUAUUGUGAAGGGUCUUGAAAGUGGCCUCAGGAAUGAUGCUCCAGAUUCUGCAAUAGCCAUGCGUCAAAAGUGGCGGCUCUGUGAGAUUGGGCUUGAGGAUUAUUCAUUUGUUCUUUUGAGCAGGUUUCUCAAUGUGCUUGAAGUUAUGGGAGGUGCUUCUUGGCUAGCUUCAAACUUGGAGUCAAAAAAUGUUAACUCUUGGAAUGAUCCACUUGGAGCCCUUAUUAUUGGAGUUCACCAGCUGAAAUUAUCUAACUGGAAACCAGAAGAAUGCGGUGCUAUUGAAAAUGAGCUUAUUGCCUGGAGUACAAGAGGCCUUUCAGAAAGUGAAGGAAAUGAAGAUGGCAAAAAGAUUUGGACAUUGAGAUUGAAGGCUACUCUUGAUAGAUCCAAGAGGCUAACUGAGGAAUAUACUGAAGAACUUCUUAAGAUAUUUCCUCAAAAAGUUGAGAUUCUAGGAAAAGCUUUAGGAAUAUCUGAAAACAGUGUCAAAACAUAUACAGAAGCGGAGAUUCGUGCUGGUGUAAUUUUUCAGGUUUCAAAAUUAUGUACUCUUCUUCUAAAAGCUGUGAGAAGUACGCUUGGUUCUCAAGGUUGGGAUGUUAUUGUUCCCGGAGCUGUUUUAGGAACAUUGGUUCAGGUUGAAAGAAUUGUUCCCGGGUUGUUACCAUCACCAGUGGAAGGUCCUAUUAUCCUCAUUGUUAACAAAGCUGAUGGUGAUGAAGAGGUAACAGCUGCUGGGAAGAACAUAGUAGGAGCUAUCCUUAAGCAAGAGCUGCCUCACUUAUCUCAUCUAGGUGUUAGGGCCCGGCAGGAAAAAGUCGUCUUUGUCACUUGUGAAGAUGAUGAAAAAAUUGCUGAUAUUCAAAGACUUGUUGGGUCGCGUGUGAGAUUGGAAGCAUCCGCUGCUGGUGUUAAUCUGACUCUGGCCUCUUCAGUUAACCCUGAUGGCAAUUUUUCUGUUGAAAGUGCUUUUGAGGGUAGUUUAUCUGGAGUUGAGGUUCCUGCUUCCUCUGCCGGUAGAAUCUCCAAAUCUAGUCAGGGUUCUGGAGUUAUCUUGCUUCCCGAUGCUGAAACACAGACUUCCGGGGCAAAGGCUGCUGCAUGUGGUCACUUAUCAUCACUGUCUUCAGCUUCUGAUAAAGUUUAUAGUGAUCAGGGAGUGCCUGCUUCAUUUCAAGUUCCUUCCGGGGCAGUUUUACCAUUUGGAUCCAUGGAAUUAGAGCUAGAGAAUAGCAACUCCACUGAAAUAUUCAGGUCUUUACUGGAUAAAGUAGAAACAGCAAAACUGGAGGAUGGUGAACUUGACGCUCUAUGCAAUCAACUCCAGGAAUUGAUUUCUUCCCUGAAACUAUCAGAAGACGUCAUUGAAAGCAUUGGAAAAUUGUUUCCAAGCAAUGCACGUUUGAUUGUUCGAUCCAGCGCCAAUGUGGAGGACUUGGCUGGAAUGUCAGCAGCAGGACUUUAUGAAUCAAUACCAAACGUGAGUCCUUCCAAUCCAACAGUUUUUGCAGAUGCAGUUGGCCGAGUAUGGGCUUCACUGUACACACGGAGGGCAGUGUUGAGCCGCCGAGCUGCUGGCGUGCCUCAGAAGGAAGCUUCAAUGGCAAUUCUGAUCCAAGAAAUGCUUUCACCAGAUUUAUCAUUUGUACUACAUACUAUGAGCCCGACAGACCAGGAUAACAAUUCUGUGGAGGCCGAGAUUGCUUCUGGCCUUGGUGAAACUCUGGCUUCUGGAACCCGGGGUACACCAUGGCGUAUAUCAUGUGGGAAAUUUGACGGGCUUGUGCAAACACUGGCUUUUGCGAAUUUCAGUGAGGAAAUGAUUGUACGUAGUGCAGGGCCUGCGGAUGGGGAGGUUAUCCAUUUGACUGUGGAUUACAGCAAGAAACCACUGACAGUUGAUCCAGUUUUCCGGCGACAACUUGGUCAACGGCUUUGUGCAGUUGGGUUUUUCCUGGAGAGAAAGUUUGGUAGCCCACAGGAUGUGGAAGGAUGUCUUGUUGGAAAAGACAUUUAUAUUGUUCAGACAAGGCCCCAACCUCAGUAG